AUGCUGCACCCAGAGACGACGGAGAAGGGCCUCACGCCCAUCCCCUACGACGACUUUCUGAGCGCGGUUCGGCGGCUCAAGUCCGCCGAUGCGCAGGAGGCGUUGAUGCGAGUAUACGCCUGCGCCACUCUGUUUAAGGGUGAACCGUCCGAUGAAGCUGCCGCGGCGUGCGUGGGCGAGGCGGCGGCCGUGCGUGCGAUGCAGCGCAUUGCCACUGGGCAGAGCACCGAUGUGACGGCUGACCUGGCAGAGGCAGAGAAGUGGGCUUUGUGGCACGCCGAGAAGUUGGCGGCGGAGGCCAAGAUGGAGGCGAGUAUCGCCGCUGUGGUGACCGAAUUAAUGAGCUCUCUCGUCAGCAUUUCUCCCACGACCCCAGUGGAAGCACGAGAGACAACGGCUGCUGUUGCGGUUGCGGUUGCUGCCUCCGAGGCAGACAACACCACCACUCUUCCUACAGCAAACACAUUCGUGUCUCCGAGCACGCAUGCAGCGGACACGAGGCCGCUGAUGAAGGGCGACGCAUCAGCCGAGAGCACAAACCGCUCGUGCGCGCCGGCUCUCAACCGGGAGGCAGUGGAGCUGCACAAGAGUAUCUUCAACGACACGCCGAAUCCCGAUGACCUCAACAAGAUGAACGUGAACAAGAAAGUGGAGGAGUACAGCGAAAUAACGGUCCCUGCCCUCGCAGAACAGGAAGACGCGGGCGACGCAACGGCGGCUGGCAACGCCUCUACGCGUACGCCCUCCCCACGCGAGGCGAGCCGCGAUGGUCAGUGCAACAACGACUUCGAGAAUGGCGAGUCGGAUGCCACUCUGCAUUUGUCCACCGAGACUUCCAGCGAGGAGGCGUCGGGCCAGCGGCCCUCUCUGGCCUUCCCAAAACUGUGCCCACCCACCAUGUCAGUGCAGGACAUCGUCUCUGCGGAGGAGACGAAGCUGACGACCCGGCCACACCCCUUAAAGCGGCUCUGCUUCGAGGAUUACGGCAUGCACUUCACCCAAGCCGACUUCGACGCGGCGUGUGAGGAGCUGCGACAACAGCGUGGCGGUGGUGGUGGUGCGGACAAGAACAACAGAGACGGCGAGCUGCAUGCGGCAGAGAAGAGAAAGCCGAGCGGUUCUGCGGCGCCGUCGCCGACAACUGCUGCAGCGAAGUUGCUGACCGAGCGUGUGCCACCGCCGCUGCCGCCCCGGCAGGUGGAGGAUGCCGGCCUGCAUUAUGUGCGCCGGCAGCUCUCCGUGCGCCAUCUUCAGCCCUUUGCGUGUCCAUUGAAGGCGCUGAUGCUUCGUUUGGCCGAGGGCGACACUGCGGGGACCGCCACGUUCCCUAGCAGCACGUACGAAACGGAGGACAGCCAAUCGCCGCGCCUGUCCGACCCGCUGAUGCGCCGCAUGUGGACGGAGUUAACAGAGGUCUGCGUAAAGCACCCGGUGCCGCGUGUUCGCGUGCGGCCGGACGCGCAGGUGUACCGCAAAGAUCGCGGCACCUUCAAAGCAGACGAGGUGCGGGUGCAGUUGCACGUGGAGGUGGUCCCGGUGAGCGGGCCGAUGAUGGGGGAGACGGUACACGUGUGGGUGCGGGUGCCUGCCGGCUACCCGUUCGUGGCUCCGCGUGCGCACCUUACCGUGGAGCUGCCGCACCACCGAUGCACCGGCGUGGCGGCAGACAAGAUCCCGCACUUAAUCUCUCUCUGCUACGACGCCGCCGUGCCCGAUGCCCGGCCUGUCUGCCCCGCUCCUCUGCACACCGGAGAAGCUGAGCCGCUGCAACCCCUGCACGGCGCGAUGAACAACCACUGGCGAGCCAGUCUGACACUGCGGCACGUGCUGAGCGCCUUGGCCGACCUCUUCAACGCGGACGCGUUUGCGGAAACCGCGCGAGAGCUGCAAAAUGAGAAUCUGAUGCACAACGGGCUGCAGCGCGCACGCGUGAACAUGUACGACGAGGAGGGCAGCACGGCCCCGGAGGCGACGGCGGCUGCCGCGUUGACUGCUUCCUCCGCGCGGCGCAGCGCUGGCCACUGCGUCAGCCCCCGCACCACCGCCACCGGCAACAGCAGCAACGACGAUGAGUACACCGCCGGCGAAGACAGCAUAGGCCUGACUAGCAUCGCCGACGACAGGGCGGCUCCCUCCUACGUGCUGCUGUGCAACGGACCGUUCUUCACCAAAUCGACGCCGGCCACGACGGUUGCUUCCAGCGCGACGCAAAUGGCCUCGUCGGUUUCUGCCGCGACGGAGCUGAGCGUGCACCGCCCGUGCGAGGUCGACGGCGACGAGGAUGGAGAGGGCAGCGUGCACACGGCGGAGUCGGCCCCAUCGCGUCGCAGCACGGCCUCACGCCGCCGUGCACGCAAGUCGUUGGCGCACCACGACACGGAGGGCGAUCGGCUUUGUGGGCCGUGGCGGGGGUGCUGGGGCCAUGUGCUGUACCGCGUGGUAGGGGCCGUCGGGACAGCACCGUCGGCUUCUGCGACGACGACCGGCGGCACGACGUACCUGUCGUCGCCAAUCGGCGUGGGCAGCAACCAUGCCGACUCGGCGGGUGCCGCUUCCGCUGCUGCUGCCGCCGCCGCCCUUAACGGGGAAACAACCGCUUUUGCAAAGUCGGCCAACAGCUCACCGAACAGGCCGGCACCGCAGUCCCUGAUCUCCACACCGCUGUCUCUCCAGACUCCCCCAAAAGAAAGCGCCGGGACGCUCUUUAUUCGUCUCAAGCACCACGUGCCAACGGCAGCGGCGGCCACCGUGCGGCUAGUCCACGUGCCCGCCCAGACGCUGCGAGAGCAAGGCACUGCCUCGGCCACCAACACCCCUCUGCGUAGGACACGCGGCCGGCGGUUUCCGCAGUCAACGUGGGUGGCGGCGGCGCUCGGCACCUCCAGCACGUCGGUUCCGGCCGGCACCGCGUGGACCUCCUCGGCUCCCGCGGACAUGGAAAAGGACGUGAUCAUUUGUGUUCACGACGACCACGACGACCACGAGGACGAGCGGAAGGUGGAGACGCCGAGUGAGUUGACCGCCACGCAGCCCGGCAGCUAUGAGCGGCAGCACGUGAAUCUGCACCAUCUGCGCGAGACCUCUGCGGUGCCGAGCAGCACAGCCAGCGCCAACAAUAACGUGGCGGCCGCGACGGCCGAGACGAACUCGACGUACACGCCGGAGUCGACGUUGCGGGAGGAGGCGGAAGGCAACGGCGAGCGGUGGUACGCCGUUGUGGUCGACGUGCCGGAAGGGCAGGCAGUCUCGUUCGUCUUCAGCUCCGAUGAGGCGGCGUGCCGGUCGAUAUCGUGGGGCAGUGGUGGUAGCGCUGAGGCCGAGGCCGAAGUGCAGUCUCCGGACGCAUCCAUGAGCGCCGGUCACGAGGACAGCAACUGUGCGAGUGCGAGUGCGGUCGUGACGGCGGCACAGUGGGACGGCGACGAAGAGAGCUCCCGCACGAGCGCCGCGCACGGCGGCCUUCUCGUGGAGCUGCCCUACGAAGAGUGGCAGUUCCACGCCGCCUCGGCGACUGCGGCGCUCUCCAACGGCGCGGUGCGAGAGGAGGACAUCCACCCACACUGGCCCCGCAACGUGCGUUUCCACGGCGGCCACCGGGUCGUCCCGCUCACCCUCAAGGAGACGACCUUCCGCAUGUACCAGCUACUGCAGAACACGCAACUUGGCAGCCGCAGCAGCGUACCCCCCAGCAGCAGCUACCUCGCCGCGGCGCCACACGCCCGCGUACGGCAGGUGUACGGCGGCAAGAGCAACGUCAAGGAUCAGGAGAUGAUGACGCGCCGCUACGGUUUCUGGGGCUGGCGGAACGUGAUGCUGCCGGUCCUCGCGGUGGAGACGCGGGAGCUCGUGCAGACCGCAUUGCAGGUGCACCGCAGCGACGAUGGUGACUCCCCACCACACAAGCAGCCGCCGGUGGUCAGCGCCAAGAUGCUCGCGACGGCCCUCUGCAGUUGGGAGGUGGCGGCUGUUGAGGACUUCGGCGCUGCGUGCGUGCAGCUCCAUCGAGAUCCGGAUGCGUCGCACACAUACAACGCGCCGUUCCGCCCUUUUGCCGUGCUGCGUACGUUGACGCUGACGGUGGCCUACGCCCUGGAGGUGAUGCAGGUGCUUCACAAGACCCAAACUGGCACCAGCACAAAUGGCAACAGCGACGAUGCUGGCGCAGAGUCGGCUUCGGCUGAGGCGACAGCUCUGCUGGACUGCUUGACCAAGGUCUUAUGGAAUGCGACGGUGCUGGCGGUGGUGACGGCGGCGGUGAAGCCGGCGUUCCUCGAUGUCUGCGUGACUCUCGUUGACUACGUCAAGAAGGGUGAUUGCAACGGCAUUGCUGAGGGUGUCGACGCGCGGACCACCUCCUCGCACUUCCACCACCAUUGCGAGCGUGAGGUGCAGCUGGCCCUGUCGCAGCUGAGCGAGCUGCAGCGUGAUGCGGCGCAGGUGCUGGCGGCUUCAACGAUGUCCGCCUUUGCAGACGAGGUCGCGGCCCUCGCGGCGGCGACCCCUUCGGAGGAGCACAGUGCGUGGCCAGCGUUCUCUGAUGCGUCGUUGGCAGAGCGGGUGACGCGGCUGCUGAACGCGCCCGGCACACCACUGCUGGGGAGUGCGACGUUUGACGACAGCGUCGCGGCGGGUCGUGUCAGCGCCUUCACGAAGCUCAUCAUGCCAUCGUGUGACAACAAGCGUCUAUAA